AUGGCCGAGACUUUGGAGAAGGGCUUGUGCAGAGGAGGUCGUGCCAGCUCUCGGGUAGCGUCUCAAACCAUGCUCCUCGCAGCUUCUUCCAUGUUCAGGGGCCAGCUGCUCCAGCUGCUGUGGCGACGAGGCGAGGGCAUUCGCCCCUUGACGGCAUUCGCGCACAAAAUCGGGGAACCGGAGCAGACAUGGGUGGACACUUUCAGCCGAGGCUACCAGGCCCGUGCUGGGGAAGGUGGUCGAUUGAAGAAAGCCGGUACGUUCCGAACUCCCCUAAAUGAUGGCUGGGGGCAUCUUGCAUGA